AGACAGUGUAUCUCCUCAUAUUGGGACCAGUCUGCUUCAUCAGGAGACUCCUCCUGUCCCCAGUGUGGAGAAAGACCCAGAACCAGAGCUGGACUGCAGACAGCCAGUCAGAGCAGCUGUGUACAAACAGAUGUUGGUCUGCAGGAGUUUUUACGUGAACAUAAGAUCAGUCUGAGGAGGAGAUGUGAACGUGUGACUGAAGGAAGUGAUGAAACAGGAAGUAGAACCCUCCUCAACAGGAUCUACACUGAGCUCUACAUCACAGAGGGACAGAGUGAAGAGGUUCAUACCCAACAUGAGGUGAGGCAGCUGGAGACAGCUUCCAAGAUGGACGCCCUCCAUGACGCUCCAAUCAGGUGCCAGGACAUCUUUAAAGCCUUACCUGACCAACAGAGACCCAUCAGAGUGGUUCUGACCAACGGCGUGGCUGGUGGUGGAAAAACCUUCUCAGUGCAGAAGUUCACUCUAGACGGGGCAGAGGGCUUGGAGAACCAACAUGUCAGUGUGGUGGUUCUGCUUUCAUUCAGGGAGCUGAACCUGAUCAGAGAUGAGCAGUACAGUCUUCUGGAGCUGCUCCAUGUUUUCCAUCCAACAUUACAGAAGGUCACAGCAGAGAAGCUGGCUGUCUCUCAGCUUUUGUUCAUCUUUGACGGCCUGGAUGAAAGUAGACUUUCAUUGGAUUUUACCACCAGGAAGCUGCUGUCUGAUGUCACACAGAAGUCAUCAGUCAGCCAACUGCUGACAAACCUCAUCCAGGGGAAUCUGCUUCCCUCAGCUCUCGUCUGGAUAACUUCACGACCUGCAGCAGCCAAUCAGAUCCCUCCUACAUGUGUUGACAGGGUAACAGAAGUACGAGGCUUCACUGAUGCCCAGAAGGAGGAGUACUUCAGGAGGAGAUUCAGUGAUGAAGAGCUGUCCAGCAGAAUCAUCUCCCACAUGAAGACAUCCAGGAGCCUCCAUAUCAUGUGUGGUAUCCCAGUCUUCUGCUGGAUCACUGCUACAGUUCUGGAGCACAUGUUGACUACAGAGCAGAGAGGAGAGCUGCCCAAGACCCUGACUGACAUGUACUCACACUUCCUGCUGGUUCAGACAAAGAGGAAGAAGAACAAGUACCAUGAGGGACAUGAGACGGGUCCACAGGAGCUGACAGAGGCUGACAGGGAAGUUCUUCUGAAGCUGGGGAGGCUGGCGACUGAACAUCUGGAGAAAGGAAACAUCAUGUUCUACCAAGAAGACCUGGAGCAGUGUGGUCUGGAUGUGACAGAGGCCUCGGUGUACUCAGGAGUUUGUACAGAGAUCCUCAAAAGAGAGUGUGUGAUCUUCCAGAAACCAGUCUACUGCUUUGUUCAUCUGAGCAUUCAGGAGUUUCUGGCUGCAGUCUACAUGUUCCACUGUCAAACCAACAGGAAGACAGAGGUGCUGGAGGACUUCCUGGGAUACAAUUGUAGUCAUUCUGACUUUAAUCUUCACUAUUACGAUUAUUCUAAUUUAGUCAUAGAUCGGGGUUGUCACAUUAACCCUUUAGAGCCGAGCGUAGCGCCCGCGGUACAAUUUGCGGUUAAACUAUCUUUGGGUGAAUCCUCUGUGGAUGAGUUUCUAAAGAGAGUCAUGGAGAAAUCCCUCCAGAGUAAAAAUGGCCACAUGGACCUGUUUGUUCGCUUCCUUUAUGGCCUCUGUUUAGAGUCCAACCAGAGACUCUUAGGAGGUCUGCUGGGUCAGACAUGGAACAGUAUAGAAACCAUCCAGAGAGUCAUCAUCAACUUGAAGAAGAUCAACAAUGAUGAAAUCUCUCCUGACAGAAGCAUCAACAUUUUCCACUGUCUGAUGCAGAUGAACGACCUCUCAGUACAUCAGGAGAUUGAAGAGUUCCUGAGGUCAGAGAACAGAUCAAAGUUACUCUGUAUGAUCCACUGCUCAGCUCUGGCCUUAUUGCUGAUGAUGUCAGAGGAGGUUCUGGAUGAGUUGGGCCUGCAGAAGUACAACACAUCAGAGCGGGGACGACUGAGACUGAUUCCAGCUGUGAGGAACUGCAGAAAGGCUCGACUGACUCUGUGUGGACUCUCAGAGACUCACUGUGAAGUUGUGGCCUCAGCUCUGAAGUCCAACCCCUCCCAUCUGACAGAGCUGGACUUGAGUGAGAACAAGCUGCAGGAUUCAGCAGUGAAGCUUCUGUGUGCUGGACUGAAGAGUCCAAACUGUCGACUGGAAACCCUGAGUUUCAGGGAGUGUGGUUUGUCAGAGAUCAGCUGUGAUUAUCUGGCAGCAACGCUGAAGUACAACCCCUCCCAUCUGAGAGAGCUGGACCUGAGCUCCAACAACAAGCUGCAGGAUCCAGGAGUGAAGCAUCUGUGUGGUUUUCUGGCGAGUCCAGGAUGUAAACUUGAAACUCUGAGAUUGGGGGGCUGUGGUUUGUCAAAGAUCAGCUGUGAUUUUCUGGCAGCAACUCUGAAGUCCAACCCCUCCCAUCUGAGAGAGCUGGACCUGAAAAGAAACAACCUGGAGGAUCCAGAUGUGAAGCAGCUGUCUGAGCUUAAGCAGAGUUCAGACUGCACACUGAAGACUCUGAGGGCCUUGGGGUGCGGUCUCUCAGAAAGAGGCUGUGAAGCUCUGUCCUCAGUUCUCAGUUCUCAGUCCUCUAGUCUGAGAGAGCUGGACCUGAGUAUUAACACCCUGCAGGACUCAGGAGGGAAGCUUCUGUCGGCUGCAGUGGAGAGUCCACAGUGUACCUUGGAAAUGCUCAGACUGAGUCACUGUAAGUUCUCAGAGAGAGGCUUUGAAGCUCUGUUCUCAGCCCUCAGCUCCCAGUCCUCUAGUCUGAGAGAGCUGGACCUGAGUAACUCCAACCUGCAGGAUUCAGGAGUAAAGCUUCUGUCUGUUGGAGUGAAGAGUCCACACUCUAAAAUGGAAACUCUCAGAGAGGUGAUUGCUGACUGGGCCCAGGUGGUAAAUGAGGCCAAUGAGCAGCAGCUGUGUCCUGGGGAGAGAGAAGAAGCGAGAGAGAGACAGAGGGGUGGAGCAAGAGAGGAGGAGGUGGAGAAAAACACCACGCCCACACAAGGGCAGUAUCAGGAGGCCCAGCUAGGGCCGUUACACCCCCUCCCAUAA